GUUCCACAGCAAGCCCUACUUCCCCAACAAUGGCUUCAUUCACAAACUCAGUCUCAGCCUCUAUUUUUGUGUUCCUUUUGAUCACCUCAAGUUCCCAAUCCUAUUCAGCUUAUAGCAGUCUCACGCCUCGAAACAGCGGCGGCUACAAGUGCAUGGUGAACCAAUUUUUUGCUCCUCACAACGCCGCGCGCGCUGCCAUGAGGAUGCGCCCGUUGCAGUGGGAUUAUAAGCUGGAAAACUACGCAAAGUGGUAUGCGAAUCAGCGGAGGUACGAUUGCGCGUUGCAGCAUUCGAAUGGACAGUACGGGGAGAAUAUUUUCUGGGGGAGCGGGGAGGAUUGGACUCCGGCGCAGGCGGUGGCUGCAUGGCUGUCGGAGAAGAGUUCGUAUGAUUAUUGGUCGAAUUCGUGCUUGGGGGGAAGUGAAUGUGGGCAUUAUACGCAGAUUAUUUGGAGUAGGACGAGGAGAAUUGGGUGUGCCAGAGUGGUGUGUGAGGAUAAUCAAGGCGUUUUCAUUACUUGCAACUAUGAUCCUCCUGGUAAUUUUAUUGGAGAAAGGCCUUAUUAAAUUAUUAUGAGGACGAUGGAGAUGAAGAUGAAGAUGUUUCAGAAAAUUUUGGAAGUGUUUUUUUUAUUUAUUCUUGUUUUUUGUUCUCUGAAAAUAGAGAAUGGUGAAUAGUUUGUGUCAUGUAAAUGGCUUAUGGCUUUGUGAGAUCGACUUCUUUGUUUGCUUAUUUUCAAGUAUGAUUUUGUUAUGUUAAUAUUCUGAUCUCGCA